AUGGCUGAAUUUCAAGAAAAUUUAAAUUCUUCAGUGUCUGUGACAAGUUCUCCUUCAGCUAUUGCAAUUCAGUUCAGUACUUUCCACUCAUUUGUAUUAUCUGCGCUUGAGGGACUCCAACUAGAAGUUCAGCUUCUAACUAAGCAAUAUGACAGCAUGGAAAUGCGGAGUAGAAGGAAAAUCCUGUUAGUGCACGGUGUUCAAGAGAAAAGAAAAGAAGAUACAGCCUUUUUAGUGCUAAAGGCGUCGUCACAACACUUUAAAAUGCCAGAUCUCUCAUUAGAUAAUGUGAGCAGAUAUCAGCGUAUUGGAACACCAUCAGUAGAGAAGUCGAGACCCAUAUUAAUUAAGUUCAAGGAUCAGUCAGUCAUCCUUGAA